UUAAUUGAUUGGUAAACAACAGUGAAACUGCACGGGUAAUGUAAACUUUGCUCCACGAAAUUCCGGAAAGAUAUCUUGUGUAAAUUAUCUUCCUGAAAGUAUCAAAUUCUAAGGUUUGUGUGGCUGGGAUCUUCUUGGAACGAUCCUAGUCUGUGACAAAUGGAGAAUGGCGAAGCAGACAAGGCGGAAAAUGCCGUUGCAGAUGGAGGUCCAGGCGAGAAAGAAGCCAGCAAACCGGACUCGCCGAAGCCUGAUCAGGAGGUUGCGCCGCCGUUGAUUACCACAUCAAAACCCGAAGAAAAGAAAGAUGAGCCAAAGAAGAAAGCGGUUGAGGGAGCUACAGAGAAGCGUAGACGUGGCCCACCACCUCCUCUUUCACAGAAAGGGCCUUCGGUGACCAUCGGUCGAGCAGGGCUGGAUGCUCCAAGUGAUCAAACACGAUCCCGUCGAGUUUCUGUGGCCAAGAAGAAUGUGGUCAUGUCGACGGAAGCCAUGAAGGAGAUGGCCAAGCAGGCUAAGGCAAACCGUGAUGAGAGGAGGACUGCGAUGGAUUCCAGACAUCAGUUUCUCUUUGGCAAGCUCGCUGAAGCCAUCGGCAUCGAGAUCACCCAAGUGGAGGAUUAUCUCCUCAGUGAUGACAAGUUCGAUCUGAUUGAGGAUUUCUUUUCCAACAAUGGUCCUCGUAAGCUGAUGUUCUACUACCAGGAAGCAGCCUCCAGAGAUACAUUGUAUUCCAGAACAGACACCUCCAGCAUUGCUACUCAUCAGCCCUUGCAGAAGCGCCUCUUCCUGACCACAGGCACCUCCGAGGGUCUGAACGGCAUGUGCUACUUCUUCAUCCGCACCACCUCCAAGCCCUUGACCGUCCAGAACGUAGCCCAGGAGGUCAACUUUGGCAUGAUGGAUGCCUCGGGCGGCAAGAUCCUCGAUGGACUGCAGACUCUCUUGAAAAAAGUCAUGGUGCCAGCACUGAAAACUCAAGACAGCUGGGGAGAAAUCAAAGACAACGGGCAGAUAUCAGACUUCCUGGACCAGCUGGAUCGCUUCAUCAAUAGUUUGUCCAUCGCCAAGGGCAACAUGGAAGGCAAGGUUCAGCUGUGUGAACAUGAGCACCUGGAAUCCAUGCUGGAUUCACUUAAGACGGCCAGCGACUUCCAGCAGGCUGCUUCCGUUCCUGAUACUGUGGAGAAACUAGAGGAACUGAUCCUUCAGUGGGCCAAGCAGAUCGAGCAGGUCCUGGCCCAGAGCGAGCAGAUGCGUAAGGAGGCUGACGACAUCGGGCCGGCGGCUGAGCUCGACCACUGGAAGAAGCGCAUGGCCAAGUUCAACAGCCUCCUGGAGCAGAUCAAGAGUCCCCGCUGCAAGGCCGUGGUGGGGGUGCUGCACACCGCCAAGUCCAAGGUGCUCAAGCAUUGGAAGGAACUGGACAUACGCAUCACAGAUGCAGCCAACGAAGCCAAGGACAACGUUAAAUAUCUGUACACCUUGGACAAGUUCUUUGGACCUCUUGUCAAGUGUGAUCCAUGUGUCAUGGUAGAGCACAUUCCCAGUCUGAUGAACGCCAUCCGUAUGAUCCACAGCAUCUCCCGCUACUACAACACCUCCGAGAGGAUGACCUCGCUCUUUGUCAAGGUGACCAAUCAGAUGAUCACCACCUGCAAGGCUUACAUCAACCGUGACGCCAGCAAGAUAUGGGAGCUGGAGAGAUCUGAUCUGCUGAAGAGACUGAACGAUUGCAUCUAUCUGAAUGAGGAGUAUCAGAAGUGCUUCCACAAGACCAAGGAGAAGCUGAAGGAGACACCGGAGGAGAGGCAGUUUGAGUUCAGUGAGAACUACAUCUUUGGCAAAUUUGACACCUUCUGCAAGCGCCUUGAACGCAUCGCCGACAUGGUUAACACCAUGGAGAGCAUGAGCUCUUUGGGAGAGGUCAAGAUUGAAGGCAUCGAGUCCAUCUUCAUCCGCUUCCAAGGCAUCACCAGCACCUACAAGAAGAAGAGCUACGAUGUCCUCGACCACCGUAAAGGGGAGUUUGACAUUGACUACUUGGAGUUCAGGUCCCAGAUGGACAGCGUACAUGCCCAACUACAAGGCUUCGUGGACUCCUGGUUUGAUAAACCCCUAACUACCGACAAGGCCCUGGACCUCCUCACCAAGUUUGAGAAGAUCUCCAGCUCCCACUUGAACCUGACGGACAAGUACAUGAAGGUGUUGACCAACUACGGCCGCGACCUGGAGACCGUCCGCAAGCUCUACCAGAAGGGGAAGGAUGACCCGCCGGUGAUCCGCAACAUGCCGCCAGUGGCCGGCAAGAUCAGCUGGGCGCGGCAGCUCUACCGGAAGAUCGACACACCCAUGAGAGCCUUCAAGAAGAAACCGGAGAUUCUUAGGACUCAAGAAGCAAAAAAGAUCAUUCGAAACUUCAACAAGAUGGCUGCAGUGCUGUUGGAGUACGAGCUUCUGUACCACCGAGGCUGGUUCCGCGCCGUAGACACCAUCCGCUCUGGCCUGAACUCUUCUCUGCUGGUGCGGCACCCAGAGACCAAGGAGCUCUUUGUGAACUUUGAUCCCCAGGUCCUGGAGCUGAUCACUGAGGCCAAGUACCUCAGCAAGAUGAACCUAGAGAUCCCCGAGGCUGCCGGAGUGCUGAUUCUCAAGGAAUCUGAGAUCAAGGCCAACUACAUCGCGCUUGUUGAGCUACUGCAGGAGUAUGACCGUAUCGUGGCCACCAUCCCUAACCUGGUGCUGCCACUGAUGUCUCCCUUCAGACGUCGCGUAGAGGAUGCCCUUAAGCCUGGCCUGACCAGCCUCAACUGGACCUCUCUGAGCCUGGAUCAAUAUAUCUCCAGUACCUACAAGGAGCUGGGUUUCCUGGAGCACUUGACCAAGCAGAUCUCGGAUUUACUGGACUGCCGUAUUGACCAGGUCCUGAAGGACAUGUCCUGCACGGCCCUCUGUGCCUUGCCCGAAUCAGAGCCUACCUCCACCAAGGACUUCUUGGCCAGCACGGAGAAGACCUGCAAGGAGGCUUGUGAGCAGCUGUCAAGACAAAGUCAGGCUGUGGAGAAGGCUGUUCAGGACCUGGUGGACAUCCUCAAGAACAACCUGAAAGAAAGUGAGCGUCGCAAUCUGUACGACCACUACCCAUGCCUGACCCCGGACUCCAAGCACAAACGCUGUCUAGAGUGCCUGCCUUGUUGCUUCUCUACCAUGGUGGGAAGCUUCAGCCAGAGGAACACCGAUGCUCUCAUCAAGUGCACCCGUCUGUCACUGGAUGCCAUCAAGCGUCGACUCCAGACCUCCACCAACAAGUACACCCACGGGGCCCAGGAGAACGAAGAUGCCAAAGUCCCGCUCUUCACCGCCGACAUUGUGCUGGCCAUCCCCUCUAUCGUCCUGCGGCCCAGCCUGGACGAUGUCCAGCAGACGGUCAACAAGGCUGUGCAGGUCAUCCUGAGGAUGGCCCAGGAUAUCCCACUGUGGUCCCACACCGUCAUCAGCCAGAAGGCUGCGAUAAAGGAGAUGGAAGAGGCCAAAGAUGACAAGGAUACAGACAAGGUCCCCAGUAUGUUGGCUGUCGCUCAGAAACCUCUCUACAAGGUUAUCAGUGAGCACAAGGAUGUCCUGAAGGUGGUGAUAACGCUGAACAACAUCAUCGGCAACAGCAAGUCCGAGUGCCAAGAGGUCCUGGACAGCUUCAAGGAGUUCAGCGAGUUGUGGAAUGAGGAACCUGAUGACAAAGUGACUGAGUUUAUGGCAGGCAAGCCCCUGCUGUCUGAGAUCGAAGCUCAGAUCAAGUAUUACCAGCGACUUGAGGUAACCAUCGAAGAGAGUCCGGCUAGCUACCGAGUGGGCUCGGUCAUCUGCCUGACGGAGAAACUCAAGGAGGCCUUGAUAGCUGAGACCAAAGCCUGGAAGUGGGCCUUUGGUAAGGCCCUGAAUGCCAAGGCCUCGGCCGACAUGACUGACAUCUUCGACUUCAUCGAGAACCUCCAGAAGCGCCUGGCCCGUCCCAUCAACGACCUGGAUGACGUGCGGGGGGCCAUGGCAGCCCUGGGGGAGGUGCGGGAGUCAGAGAUCCGCAUCGAUAUGACCAUCGGACCCAUCGAGGAGUCUUUCGCCAUGCUGAACCGAUAUGAGCUGCUGUUCCAGGACGGGAAUGCUGAGAAGGUGGACAGUCUGUCAUACAGCUGGAAGAAUCUCAAUGGCCAGAUGCAACAGGUGCAGAUGACUUUGCUGAAGAUCCAGCCAGGCUUCAAGGCCAACCUGCUGAGCUUAGUAGAAGACUACCAGACAGAGGUCACCAACUUUGUGGACGACUACACUGACAAGGGUCCAAUGGUCCUGGGCAUCGCACCCAGCGAGGCUAGCGACCGGCUGCAGCUCUUCCAGGCCCGCUUUGACGAGAUCUGGCGCAAGUACAUCACCUACUCAGGUGGGGAGGAGCUCUUUGGCCUGGCAGUGACCGAGUACCCGGACAUCCAGCGCAUCAAGCGAGAGCUGGCCCUGCUGCAGAAGCUCUACCAGCUCUACAAUGCCGUCAUUGACAACGUCAACGGCUACUACGACAUCCCCUGGGUGGAUGUUGAUAUCGAGAAGAUAAACCAGGAACUAUUGGACUUUCAAAACAAGUGCCGCAAGCUCCCUAAGGCCCUGAAGGAGUGGCAGGCCUUCCUGGAGCUCAAGAAGAAGAUUGAUGACUUCAGCGAGUGCUGCCCGCUGUUGGAGAUGAUGGCCAGCAAGGCCAUGAUGACCAGGCACUGGGACCGCAUUGCCACCUGCACCAAGCACACCUUUGACGUGGAGUCGGACACCUUCCUCCUGAGGAACAUCAUGAUGGCCCCCUUGCUGGAGAACAAGGAGGAUAUUGAGGAUAUCUGCAUCUCAGCUGUCAAGGAGCGCGACAUCGAGGCCAAACUGAAGCAAGUCAUCAAUGACUGGAGCGUUCAGGAUUUCCAGUUCUCUCCAUUCAAGUCCCGCGGGGAACUCCUGUUGAAGGGAGACUCCACCGGUGAAAUCAUCUCCCUGAUGGAGGACAGCUUGAUGGUCCUGGGCUCACUCAUGAGUAACCGGUACAAUGCCCCCUUCAAGCCCGAGAUUCAGAAAUGGGUGCAUAAGCUAUCCAACACCACGGAGAUCAUUGAGAACUGGAUGUUGGUGCAGAACCUGUGGAUCUACCUGGAGGCUGUGUUUGUGGGCGGAGACAUUGCCAAGCAGCUACCCCAGGAAGCUAAACGCUUCACCAACAUUGACAAGUCCUGGGUGAAGAUCAUGCAGACAUCCCACGAGAACUCCAACGUGGUCCAGUGCUGCACCAGCGAUGACACCCUGGGCCAGCUCCUCCCCCAUCUCCUGGAGCAGCUGGAGAUCUGCCAGAAGUCCCUGACUGGCUACCUUGAGAAGAAGAGGCUCAUCUUUCCCAGGUUCUUCUUUGUGUCGGACCCUGCCUUGCUGGAGAUUCUCGGCCAGGCCUCUGACUCUCACACCAUCCAGAACCACCUUGAGGGCCUGUUUGACAACAUCAAGUCGGCAGAAUUCCAUGACAAGGUCUACGACCAGAUCCUGGCGGUCAGCUCCCGGGAGAGCGAGAAGAUCGACCUGAUCAAGCCGGUCAUGGCCCAGGGCAACGUGGAGCUGUGGCUGGGCGAGCUGAUGAAGACCACCUUCAAGUCCAUCCACAGCAUCAUCCGCACGGCCAGUGUGGCCAUCAGCGACAAGGAGAACUUCAAGAUGAUUGAGUUUCAAAACACCUACCCAGCCCAGGUCGGCCUGCUGGGCCUUCAGAUGCUGUGGACCAGGGACAGCGAGGAGGCACUGAAGAACGCUCGCUCAGACAAAAAGAUUAUGGCAACUACCAAUCAGUACUUCCUGGAUUUGUUGAAUGUUCUGAUUGACGUCACCACUCAGGAGCUCACCAAGUAUGAGAGGACCAAGUUUGAGACACUCAUCACCAUCCACGUCCAUCAGAGAGAUAUCUUUGAUGACUUGGUGCGCAUGCACGUUAAGUCCACCACUGACUUUGAAUGGCUAAAGCAGUCGCGUUUCUACUACAACGAGGACACCGACCAGUGCAUGAUCUCCAUUACAGACGUGGACUUCAUCUACCAGAUGGAACCAGUGGGCUGUACAGAGAGACUGGUCAUCACUCCCCUGACUGACAGAUGUUACAUCACUCUAGCCCAGGCCUUGGGUAUGAGCAUGGGCGGUGCCCCUGCUGGCCCAGCCGGUACAGGCAAGACAGAGACCACCAAGGACAUGGGCAAAGCCCUGGGCAAGUAUGUGGUUGUCUUCAACUGCUCGGAUCAGAUGGACUUCAGGGGACUGGGACGUAUCUACAAAGGUUUGGCUCAGUCUGGCAGCUGGGGUUGCUUUGACGAGUUCAACCGUAUCGAGCUGCCCGUCCUUUCGGUAGCAGCCCAACAGAUUGCCAUCGUCUUGACUUGCAAGAAGGAACGUAAACCCAGCUUCAUCUUUACUGAUGGAGACAAUGUGGACAUGGACCCAGAAUUUGGCAUCUUCUUAACUAUGAAUCCUGGCUACGCCGGCCGUCAGGAGCUGCCAGAGAACCUAAAGAUUCAGUUUCGUACUGUGGCUAUGAUGGUACCUGACAGACAGAUCAUCAUCCGCGUCAAGCUAGCCAGCUGUGGUUUCCAAGGCAACGUACUUCUGGCCCGCAAAUUCUACACCUUGUAUAAGCUGUGUGAGGAACAGCUGACCAAGCAGGUGCAUUAUGAUUUCGGUCUGCGUAAUAUUCUGUCUGUGCUGCGUACUCUGGGAGCAUUCAAGCGUCUCAACCCACAAGACAGCGAGUCGACAAUUGUCAUGAGAGUCCUCAGGGACAUGAACCUGUCCAAAUUGGUUGAUGAAGACGAGCCUCUCUUCCUAUCUCUGAUUGAUGACUUGUUCCCAGGGAUGCAGCUGGACAAGGCUGGGUACCCAGACAUUGAGGCUGCCAUCGAAAAACAGGUGACGGAAGCAGGUCUGGUUAAUCAUGCCCCUUGGAUACUGAAACUGAUCCAACUGUACGAGACGCAGCGUGUGCGCCACGGAAUGAUGACCCUGGGACCCAGCGGUGCUGGCAAGACCAAGUGCAUCCACAGCUUGAUGAAGGCCAUGACAGACUGCGGUGCCCCCCACCGUGAGCUUCGUAUGAACCCUAAGGCCAUCACCGCCCCUCAGAUGUUUGGCCGGCUGGAUGUAGCUACUAAUGACUGGACAGACGGUAUCUUCUCCACACUUUGGAGGAAGACCCUCAAAGGCAAAAAGGGAGAGCACAUCUGGAUUGUCCUGGACGGCCCUGUGGACGCCAUCUGGAUCGAGAACCUCAACUCCGUCCUGGACGACAACAAGACCCUGACUCUGGCCAAUGGUGAUCGCAUCCCCAUGGCGCCCACCUGCAAGAUCAUCUUUGAGCCCCACAACAUCGACAACGCUUCUCCGGCCACGGUCUCCCGCAACGGCAUGGUGUACAUGAGCAGCUCCAUCAUGGACUGGGAGCCUAUCCUCAAGGGAUGGCUGUUGACCAGACCAGCAGCUCAGCAGGACGUAUUGUACAACCUCUUUGCCGAGUACUUCAAGGAAUGCUACAACAAUGCCAUACAAAACCUGACCCCCAAAAUGGAUAUUCUGGAGUGCAUGUACAUCCGUCAAGCCAUAGACCUCUUGACUGGACUCAUACCCAGCGAAGACAGCACCCCAUCCCGUGAGCAUCUGGAGAGGUUGUUUGUCUUCUCCUUGAUGUGGUCCAUCGGCGCUCUCCUGGAGCUAGAUGACCGGAAAGUGAUGGAGGAUUGGAUGAAAGAUAAAGGAGGACUGAACCUGCCCCGCAUCGACCCAAGCAGCCAAGACACCAUCUUUGAGUAUGUGGUGAAUGAUGCAGGCAACUGGGAACACUGGAGUGACAGGGUUCCAGAGUACCUCUACCCCAAGGACAGCACCCCAGAUUACGCCUCCAUUCUUGUACCCAACACUGACAAUGUCCGCACUGACUUCCUCAUUCACACUAUCGCUAAGCAGGACAAGGCUGUCUUGCUUAUUGGCGAGCAGGGCACAGCCAAGACAGUUGUGAUCAAGGGUUACUGUGCCAAGUAUGACCCUGAGCGGCACCUGUUCAAGAGCCUCAACUUCUCCUCUGCUACCACACCUAACAUGUACCAGCGGACUAUUGAGAGUUACGUGGAUAAGCGUGUUGGUACAACCUACGGACCUCCAGCAGGAAAGAAGAUGACCAUCUUCAUUGAUGACAUCAACAUGCCAAUCAUCAAUGAAUGGGGUGAUCAGAUUACCAAUGAGAUUGUGCGUCAGCUGAUGGAGACCCGCGGCUUCUACAACCUGGACAAGCCUGGUGACUUCACCAACAUCGUGGACAUCCAGUUCAUGGCGGCCAUGAUUCAGCCCGGCGGAGGCCGUAACGACAUCCCCCAACGUCUCAAGAGGCAGUUCAACAUCUUCAACUGCACCCUGCCGUCCAACAACUCCAUCGACAAGAUCUUCAGGACCAUUGGAUGCGGCCAUUACUGCAAGGAGCGUGGGUUUUCAGAGGAGAUCUGCGAGUUGGCUAAUAGCCUGGUCUCAUCCACUCGCAAGCUCUGGCAGCGCAUCAAGAUCAAAAUGUUGCCAACCCCAGCUAAGUUCCACUACAUCUUCAACCUGCGUGAUCUGAGUAGAAUCUGGCAGGGCAUGCUGAAUACCACCUACGAAGUGGUGACUUCAACCGCCAUCCUCCUGGAUCUCUGGAAGCAUGAGUGCUACCGCGUCAUCGCUGAUCGCUUCACCAACCUUGAGGACAAAGAUUGGUUUGAGAAGGCUCUCACCAAGUUGGCAGAGGAAGAUCUCGGCACAGCUCUAGCAGAGCAGAUUUCCAAAGAGCCUUACUUCGUGGAUUUCCUGCGAGAUGCGCCAGAAGUCACAGGGGAUGAGCCUGAUGACGCUGACUUGGAUGCCCCAAAGGUCUACGAACCGAUCGAGGACUAUGACCAGCUCAGCAACAGACUCAUCACGUUCAUGGCCAUGUACAAUGAGACCAUCCGUGGAGCCAAGAUGGAUCUCGUCUUCUUCAAGGAUGCCAUGGUUCAUCUGGUCAAGAUCUCUCGUAUCAUUCGCACCCCUCAAGGCAACGCCCUCCUAGUGGGUGUGGGCGGGUCUGGCAAACAGAGCUUGACCCGUUUGGCCUCCUUCAUCGCUGGAUACAAGAUAUUCCAGAUUACUCUGUCUAAAUCUUACAAUGUAAGCAACCUGAUGGAUGAUCUUAAAUACCUGUACCGCACGGCUGGCCAGCAGGGUCAAGGCAUCACUUUCAUCUUCACUGAUAACGAGAUCAAAGACGAGGCGUUCCUGGAGUACAUGAACAACGUAGUGGCCUCGGGAGAGGUAUCCAACUUGUUCCAACGUGAUGAGAUUGAUGAGAUCACUGGUGAACUGAUUGCCGUCAUGAAGAAGGAGUUCCCACGCCGUCCACCAACCAACGAGAACCUCUAUGAUUACUUCUUGACCCGUGUGCGCCACAACCUACACGUUGUACUCUGCUUCUCACCUGUCGGUGAGAAGUUCCGCAAUCGUUCCCUGAAGUUCCCCGGCUUGUUCUCAGGCUGCACCAUGGACUGGUUCAGCCGUUGGCCAAAGGAUGCCCUGAUUGCUGUCUCACAGCAUUUUCUCUCCUCCUUCAAGAUUGAGUGCACCGAUCAGGUCAAGGCCAGCGUGGUCAACACCAUGGGAAGCUUCCAGGAUUUGGUUGCUGAGACCACGGUGGAGUACUUCCAGCGCUACCGUCGCCAGGCCCACGUGACCCCCAAGUCUUACCUGUCCUUUAUUGAUGGCUACAAGUCUAUCUACAACGAGAAGCUGGAUGCUAUCGGGGUCCUGGCUCAGAGAAUGAAGACAGGUCUGGCUAAGCUGGUAGAGGCCACUCACUCGGUCAACGAGCUGAGCAAGGAACUGGUAAUCAAGGAAAAAGAACUAGCUGUGGCCUCCAAGAAGGCCGACCAGGUGCUGGCCGAGGUGACGGUCAGUGCUUCGGCUGCCGAGAAGGUCAAGGCUCAGGUCCAGAAGGUCAAAGACAAAGCCCAGGCCAUUGUGGAUGAAAUCAAUGUGGACAAGGCCCAAGCCAUGGAGAAACUGGAGGCAGCCAAGCCGGCCCUGGAGGAAGCAGAAGCUGCCCUCAACACCAUCAAGCCAGCCCACAUCGCCACCGUCCGCAAGCUGGCCAAGCCCCCUCACCUCAUCAUGCGCAUCAUGGAUUGCGUGCUGCUGCUCUUCCAGCGCCACCUGGAGUCCACCACCUUGGACCCGGAGAGGCCCAGCCCCAAGCCGUCCUGGUCCGAAGCCCUCAAGCUGAUGGGCGGCAGCUCCUUCCUGAAGGAUCUGUUGUCAUUCUCCAAGGAUUCUAUUAACGGAGAGACUGUGGAGUUACUUCAGCCCUACCUUACGAUGGAUGACUAUAACUUGGAGUCAGCCAAGAAGAGCUGUGGUGAUGUCGCUGGGCUCUGCUCCUGGACUGUAGCCAUGGCCUUUUUCUUUGGUAUCAACAAGGAAGUCUUGCCUCUGAAGGCUAACUUGGCCGUUCAAGAAGCCCGUCUCAACAAGGCCAUGGUCUCCCUGAAGGAAGCCCAGGACCAACUGGAUGAGAAACAGAAAGAGCUAGACGUAGUGCAGGCCAUGUACGAUGCGGCCAUCGCUGAGAAGCAAGCACUCCUGGAUGACGCUGAGAGCUGUCGGAGGAAGAUGACCAACGCCACGGCGCUCAUUGAAGGACUGGGUGGAGAGAAGGUGCGCUGGACAGAGGCCAGCAAACGCUUCCAGGAUCAGAUCAACAGGUUGGUUGGUGAUGUCCUCCUGGCAACUGGCUUCCUGUCCUACUCCGGUCCUUUCAACCAAGAAUUCCGCAACCUCUUGCUCAAGAGCUGGAAGAAAGAAAUGAUGAUCAACAAAAUUCCAUACAGUGAUGAACUCAACAUCACUGGCAUGCUGGUGGACAACACCACAGUUGGCGAAUGGAACCUCCAGGGCCUACCCAACGACGAACUGUCCAUCCAGAACGGCAUCAUCGUGACCAAAGCCACCCGCUACCCGCUCCUGAUUGAUCCCCAGGGGCAGGGCAAGGUGUGGAUUAAGAACAAGGAAGCUGCCAACGAGCUACAGGUGACAUCCCUUAAUCACAAGUACUUCCGAACCCAUCUUGAAGACAGUCUGUCUCUAGGCCGCCCCCUCUUGAUUGAAGAUAUCGGCGAGGAGCUGGAUCCUGCCUUGGACAAUGUCCUGGAGAAGAACUUUAUCAAGUCGGGGUCAACUUACAAGGUGAAAGUGGGUGAUAAGGAAUGCGACGUCAUGAACGCGUUCCGCCUCUACAUGACUACCAAGCUGGCCAACCCGGCCUACACCCCCGAGAUCAGCGCCCGCACCUCCAUCAUCGACUUCACUGUCACCAUGAAGGGGUUGGAAGAUCAGCUGCUGGGUAUUGUCAUCCUAACUGAGAAACAGGAAUUGGAAGCUGAGCGCACCAAGCUGAUGGAGGAGGUGACGGCCAACAAGCGCAAGAUGCAGGAGCUGGAGGACAACCUCCUGUACCGCCUGACCAGCACGGAGGGCUCCCUCGUGGAGGAUGAGUCGCUGAUUGAGGUGCUGCGAGUUACCAAGAUCACCGCCGAGGAUGUGAGCGAGAAACUCGCCACUGCUGCUGAGACUGAGAUCAGGAUCAAUACAGCCAGAGAGGAAUUCAGGCCAGUUGCUACUCGAGGCAGUACGCUGUACUUCUUGAUCACUGAAAUGAGCAUGGUGAACGUCAUGUACCAGACUUCGCUGAAGCAGUUCUUGGGUAUAUUUGACAUUUCAAUGGCCAGGUCACAGAAGAGUCCAAUCACCUCCAAGCGUAUCGCCAACAUCAUUGAGUAUAUGACCUACGAGGUCUUUACCUACACAGCCAGAGGCCUGUAUGAGAACCAUAAGUUCCUCUUCACCAUUCUUCUGGCUCUCAAGAUUGACAUGCAAUCAGGGAAGAUCAAACACAAUGAGUUCCAGACGUUCAUCAAAGGUGGAGCCGCCUUGGACCUGAAUGCCGUGGAGCCCAAGCCCAAGAAGUGGAUCCUGGACAUGACCUGGCUCAACCUGGUCCAGCUGAGCAAGCUGCCCCAGUUCAGUCAGAUUGUGGGCCAGGUGGCCCGCAACGACAAGGCCUGGAAACAGUGGUUUGACGAGGACUCGCCCGAGGAGGCUACCAUACCGGACGGCUACUCCUCCUCCCUGGACGUCUUCCGGAAGCUGCUGUUGGUCAGAUCCUGGUGUCCCGAUCGGACCAUCCCACAGGCUAGGAAGUACAUUGCUGAUUCUAUUGGCGUCAAGUUUGCCGAAGGUGUGAUCCUUAACAUGGAGAAGAUGUGGGAGGAAAGCGACACCAAGACGCCCAUGACCUGUUUCCUGUCCAUGGGAUCAGAUCCUACCGCCUCCAUCGAGGGACUGGCUAAGAAGAUGAACAUACGUUGUCGUUCCAUCAGUAUGGGUCAGGGACAGGAGGUCCAUGCCCGUAAGCUGCUCAACACAUUCAUGUCUGAAGGCGGAUGGGUCCUGCUCCAGAAUUGCCAUCUUGGCCUGGGAUUCCUGGACGAACUGCUGGACACUAUCCUGUCAGGGGAGAAUGUUCAUGAGUCCUUCCGUCUUUGGAUCACCACGGAGGAACAUCCCAAGUUCCCCAUCAACCUGCUGCAGGUGUCCAUCAAGUACACCAACGAGCCUCCACAGGGCAUCAAAGCAGGCCUCAAGAGAACCUAUGCUGGUAUCACUCAGGAGCAACUGGAAGUCUCCAACAUGAUGCAGUGGAAGCCUCUACUGUAUGCCGUGGCCUUCCUGCACACCACCGUCCAGGAGAGGCGUAAGUUUGGACCCCUGGGCUGGAACAUCCCUUACGAGUUCAACCAGGCCGACUUCACCUCCAGUGUGCAGUUCAUCAACAAUCACCUGGAUGACCUGGACCCCAAGAAGGGUGUUUCAUGGAACACUGUACGGUACAUGUUGGGUGAAGUGCAGUAUGGUGGCCGUGUGACCGACGAUUACGACAAACGCCUCCUGAACACCUAUGCUAGAGUCUGGUUCUCAGAAGACAUGUUCUUGGAAAAGUUCAAGUUCUACACAGGUUACACCAUUCCAAAGUGUCGCAGUGUGGAUGAAUACCGCAGCGCUAUAGAGAACCUGCCGUUAGUGGAUUCACCUGAGGCUUUUGGCUUGCAUCCUAAUGCUGACAUCACCUACCAAACCAACAUGGCCACUGAGGUGUUGGAACUGAUUGUCAACAUUCAGCCCAAGGAUAGUGGCGGUGGUGGAGGGGAGACUCGUGAAUCUGUCGUCUACCGACAGGCAGACGAAAUGCUGGAGAAGCUGCCAGGAAAUUAUGUGCCUCAUGAGGUCAGAGCCCGCCUCCAGAAGAUGGGCAUCCUGGCCCCUCUCAACAUCUUCCUGCGUCAGGAGAUUGACCGGAUGCAAAGGGUCAUCUCCACGGUCCGUAUCACCCUCAUGGACCUCAAACUAGCCAUUGAGGGCACCAUUAUCAUGAGUGAGAACCUCCGAGAUGCACUGGAUAACAUCUACGAUGCCAGAGUGCCUCAGAGCUGGAAGAAGAUUUCUUGGGAGUCCACCACUCUUGGUUUCUGGUUCACCGAUCUGAUCGAGAGAAAUGCCCAGUUCCACUCUUGGUGCUUUGAGGGUCGUCCCAGUGUGUUCUGGAUGACCGGCUUCUUCAAUCCACAGGGAUUCUUGACAGCUAUGAGACAGGAGAUCACCAGAGCUCACAAGGGCUGGGCAUUGGACAGCGUAGUACUCCACAAUGACAUGACAAGGUUCAUGAAAGAAGACAUCAGCAGCCCGCCCCCCGAAGGAGUCUACGUUCAUGGCCUGUUCCUGGAUGGGGCAGGCUGGGACCGUCGCAACUGCAAACUCAUCGAACCCCCACCCAAAGUCCUCUUUACGCCUCUACCGGUGGUACACAUCUAUGCCAUCAAUGCCGUGGGACCCAAGGACCCCAGGCUUUACGAGUGCCCUGUCUACCGCAAGCCCAGGCGUACCGAUCUCACCUACAUCUUCCCAUUGUAUCUGAAGACCGUCCAGCACCCCGAUCACUGGAUUUUGAGAGGCGUGGCUUUGCUCUGUGACACCAAGUAAAAGAGGGCAGAUUUGCUUGGUUUCUUUUCUUUUUUUUUCCUUCUUCUUUUGCCAAGACAAUAAGUAUUCCCUAGAAACUUCACAUUCUUGGAAGAGUGUUUGCUGGUGAUUUUUUUUCUCAUUUUCUUUCUUAACAACCUCCGUUGAGCUUUGAAAUUGGUUGCUGUUGUGUAAAUAAAAUAUUUGAAAUUGGAGCAUUUGCUGUCUUAGAGAUAGCACGUGUUUGCUCAGUGUUUUACCCUCACUGUAUUGAAAAGGGAAAGCAAAUGAUGUUAAAUUAAUGAUUUUAUUCCAAUAAAUUUGCAGGUUUGGAAAUACGAAUUUCGAAAGAUAAUUUUCAGGGUUGUGAAACUUGACAAACUCCAUUCCAAUUCAUCACACUUUGUGGUACUUGUUCUUUAUUGGUUGCACUUUUUUUCCUCACCGGAAAAGGCAACAUUUCCGUUAAUACAAAGUGCCUUAAUUGUUUCCUCCUGCAUAAAAGGCAGAUUAUUUCAUGAUUUGGUUGGAAGGCUUUUCCCCUUAAAAAUUGCUUCGUACUUCAUUCUUCAAGUAAAGAAUUGUUGGAUUGAGCAAAAGUAUGCAAUGACAGAUAACCGUCCAGUUAAUAUAAGUACAUGUAUUUUUGAAAUAAAAAAAAUCACCAUGUUUUAUUGCAACCUUGUAAACAUUUAUACCAUUGAGUGAAAAAAGUGGCUUCACAUUGUGUUGUUCGGUAAAUACCUGGUUUAAGUAAAAUAUAUUUGUGUUAUGCAGUUAAUGGUGAGAGGUCUCCAGAAGUGAAUAAAUUUAACAAUUGCAGUGAACUGAAGCUCUAAUUCUGGUAUUCAUUUAUGAAAUUAACUCUCUUUUCAUGUCUACAUAGACAUUUUGGUGGCAUUUACAAAGUUAUCAGGAAGAAAGGUUGAAUUAAACACCGAGAGAUCAUUCUUACAAUACUGAUAUUCUUUGUGUAUCUUAAAAAUAGUUGCUUAAAUAGCAUUAUAAUAUUAAGCAUUUAUAAACUACCACAAGUUUUAAAAAGACACUUUUCCAGUGUGCAUUUGAAUGCCUUUUCCUGUUAGCAUUCAAAAAAAAAUUGUAGUUCAAAUUUGGCGUCAGACUUCACAUGCUCUGCUUCCUUUGUGUACUUUGAAAAGCAUGCUUUUCAUAUUCUAAAUAUUUGUGUAAAAUUUGGCUCCUUUGCAACUGAAAUUCUCUCACUCGUGUUUCUCUUUUUGUGUGUGGCUUCAUAGAAUUAUUUAUCAAACUGUCCAACGAAAGUACUUCACCCAAAGUAGAUUUACUCACUUCCCAACUUUAUUACCGAAUUGACUAAUUUUACACUGAUCUAUUUUUAUUCUACAAAUUUUCCAAAGACGUUUUGCAGUGUAUUUUCAACGUUAGCCCGUAGCUUGUAAGUAUAUUAAACCAUGAUUAAACAAAGACCCCAAAUGUGAAAAAACCCGUCCAGAUGAAUGUAAUUGUUAUUGUUACAUGUAUGAGAAAAAGUAAUUCUCCUGCAAACACAUUAAAAUGGAAGUUCAUCAAGUGGGUUUUUAUAUUUUGUUGCAUGAAUUCGUAUAUUUGUUUGAAACUGCACGCUUCUGAAGAGAAAUUCAUUAAAAGA